AUGUCUGCGGAUUUGCUUUGUGAAUGGAUCAACUCUUCAUUAUCUUCAUACCUCGAAGAUAUAUCACGCGAUCAAACAAAUUUUAGUCUUUUCAAAGGCAAACUCGAACUAUCGCAUGUUCAAUUGUAUAAAUACGCCCUUUUACAACAUAAUCUUCCUUUAGUAAUCGACCAAGGUGUUAUAUCUUCAAUGGUCGUAAACAUGCCCCUAAAAAACUUAGUCGAUGUGAAUGCGACCGUGAAAAUCGAUGAAAUUACCAUCAUUUGCCAUCCGCUGAUCCUUACCAAGGAAAAAUAUCCACCAAAAGAGGAUAUUCCUAAGAUAAGAGACCACCAGAUGAACGCACACGAUUAUUUUAAAAAGACAUUCAAUUCAUUAAUUAGUAAAUCUUCAAUAAAAUUCUAUCAAAACAUCAUUCGCAGCUUUGUUAAGAACGUUAAAAUCAGUAUAAAUAAUGUUCAUAUUCGAAUUGAAAUACCACGACAUAGAUCUGUAAAUGUCCUCGGUGUCAAAAUUAAAAAUAUCGAAAUUAACGACCCACCAACAAAUACGAGACCAAAUUCGAUUGUUCGUGCAAUCGAGAUCAAUGGAUUUUCAGUAUACUAUCAGCGGAAGAAAAAGAAAAUCUCAUUACAUAAUAUCAAGCGGAUGCAACACAAAAUGCAGAAAGUUUUCAAGUCAGAGCAGGAAUAUCUGAUAGAACCAAUGUCAUUAACAGGCACAGUUCAAAUUAACGAUGCUAUCGAUAAAUUUGACAUUGAUGUUCAAUUACCAGACUUAAAGAUUAACGUCAACAGAUGGAUACUAAGACUUUUACAUAAAAUUCUUGAUGAUUAUCCGAAGUUUUUCUUGUUUUGGAGAUGCAGAUGGAUUCCAAGACCAAAUUUCGACAAAAUAGAGGAAGCAUGGAAGUUUGUUAACACAUGCGCUCUGAAAUCUCAUACUUCUACACGUAACCAGACAACAAAUACGAGAGAACUCUGUAUGAAUUUCUUCAAAUACAGGCGUGCAGUACUCAAAAAGAACACACAAGAGAUAACCAAGCUCGAACAAACAUUACCAACACGUUUGGCUUUACUUUAUCGCGAUCUUUUCCAAGGUAAACUGAAAUCAGCGAAACAAUACGAAGAAGUACUCACCAAAGUUGAAGCGGACAUGCAGCUACUCCUUUCCAAUCUCAUCAGAAUGAUUUCAAUCAAAGCAACAAACGAAAGUUGCGCAAUUAGAUUGAAACAUGACACAGAACAAAAAUUUUUGGAAAUAAUCGUCAAAAAUGGAUCAAUUUCAAAUGUUUACAAAAACCACUCUUUUAUUUUGCAAGCGCUUUAUAACGAGAUACAGAUCUACAAUGUUUUGGACAAGAACAAUAGAAGGAUGUUGCUCAGAACAUUGGAUGAAAAUCGUGUCACUUUUAUUGCAACAUUAAAAGUUCUUGACACUUUUGAUAUUGAUACAAAGAGCAAAUCAACGAUUGACAUUGAGCUGAAUGCAUCCAAUUACAAGGUCAAUUUAGAUGCCAUUAAUUACAAACAGUUCGAUCCAAUUAUUCUUCAUUAUUUGAAAGAUUUGUCAAAAAUUUUAGGAUCGAAAUAUUUACCAAUAAAUUGGAACAACCUCGCUCUCAGAUUUUGUCCUGCCAAAAUGGAUUUGAGAAUCUCGGAAGAUAUAUCAGCAAUUUUGAGUUGGAAAGUUAUCGCAAUGAUCAAGAAAUCAUUCACUCUAAAAGACGCUUGUAUAACUGUAAAUUGCCAAGGAUACGUUUGGGAAGUGAUCAAAAACGUGUCAUUAAAUGGCACUUUUACACAUUUAAAGUUACCAAUUGAGAUCACUCCUUUCAGUUUCAAAUUUGAGUGGGACAAGAUCAGAACUAUUGUUUAUCUUGUGAAGAGUUUCGAUUGGGUUGUUGAUUUCUUGAAAGUGAUGCUUCCUUAUUUACCAAAGAUUAUUCCAAAAUACAAAUUUGAGUUCACUUUGCCAUAUUUGACCAUGAGCACUUACUACAGAGAUAAGUAUGUCUACGACAUAACUCUCAAAGAGAUCAUGGGAAGAUUGAUGACGAAACAAUGCUUGAUCCAUUUAUUCACGAAAUCUUUGACAAUUACAGAGAACUUAAAAGUGACAAAAAUUGCAAUUUCAAUUGACAAAGAUUUCCAUUCGACAUUGAGCGCGGAACUCGUCAACAUCAAGUUCUUCAACCUCUUCAACUUGAUGCCGAAAAAGUUCUUCGAUGGUUACUCAAUGACAUGCGGAUUGCCAACAUUAGAUUUGUUUGUCAACAAUUUGAUAAUCGAUUUCAGUUAUCAAAAGACAAGUGUGAUCUAUUCAUGUUGCAUGAUGAAAGGUCAAUUGGCUGACGAUAAAAUAAAGUUUAGCGGUUGCUCUCAAUUUUAUGUUAACAAAAUUGAUUUCUUGAACAACGCGGAACUGAAUGAAGGAUAUCUUUUCUUCGAGAAGAAAGUGAAUUUGAUCAUGAACUUCGAAAAAAUCAUUCCGAAUUUGAACAAUGUUUUGGUCAAUGACUUUUUGACUUGGUAUCAACCAAUGUCACUUUUCCCAGAAACCAUUCAAUUCAACAUUGUGUUUAACAUCAAGAACAUGAUUGCUUUUGAUGAUUUCUAUCUCAGUGAUGUUUGUUUGGACGUCAGAAUCGCAGAGAAUGUUUUCAAAUGUUUACUUUCUCUUUCGAAAAUUGAGAUGCCUUAUGUUGUUGUCAAAAACGGUCCAAAUGAUAUAAAUCUAGAAUUGGAUUUAUUCAACAGAAAGUUUGGCGCAACAUUGUUGAAUUUGGAGAGUUUUGUCGACCCUUCAAAAUUCAUCAAAAUCAUAAACCAAAUUGCAAAUUUGGAGUUCAUUAUUCCAUCAGAUAUAACAGCAGGAUGCCAGCUCGACAACUUCAUUUUGCAUCUCAGAUUGCCAGAAAAUGAAAUCACUUGUCAGUUCUCAAUGACAGGAUCGAUUUCUUUCGAAAAAUUCGAAGUGACAUCAACGGUCAAAAACAUUUUAGUUUCUUUGGAUCGCCAAGAUAUCAUUCAAAUUCCAAUUGCUGAAGUAUACACAGACAAAAACAUUACGUGUUUCUCGAAAGAUGUCUUUGUCAACUUCUCUUUGUGGCAAUUGCUGAGACUCGUACAACUUGCAACAGAAGAUUUGCUUCCAACAAUCAAAAUUCCAAACAUCAAAUUUAAUGAUUUUGGAAGAAAACUUGGCAUAAAAGUUGAUUCAACGCAAGUUUCUUUGAGAACACAGUCAUCAACAUCUUUCGGACCUUUCUCGCUAUUAAUGACUCUCAAAGAAAUGGAAAUUGACAUCUACAACUUCGCUGUUUCAACUGCUUUUGACAUUAUAACCGCUUUGUCACCUUUUGAACAUAUGGAUUCAAUCAGUGGCAAAUUCGAAGGAAAUCUUGAUCUUUUGAACAAAAUAAUCAAUGUUGAAUUGUUAGAUGGCUUGAAAUGCAUUGUUUCACCACUUCACAUUGCUAGUUUUGUUUCUUUGCUUGAUACAACACACAUUGCUCCUCCUUUCUUGAGAAUAACAAAUAAUACAACAAUAGACAUGAUGAUCAAUGGAAAAUUUUAUGUCAAAAAGAAUGCAACUUAUUUCCAAAGAAGUUGCGAAUUCAUCGACAAAAUUGACAUAAGAACCGAUGAUGAUAGAGCUCUAUCGGUCGAUGUGAGGUCACUUUCAAAUGUUUACAAAGCAUUUGACUUUUCUGGCAAAUUAGGAGGUUCCAUAGCACUUUGUAUCGAAAAUUCUACUCUGAAAAUUUCAUCCAGAUACAGAUUGAAGAACAACACAUCGAACACAAUUAGAUACUUAUUGCUUGGAACAAAUAUUUGUCAGAUUUUGUCAAAUAAUAUCAGUUUUCUUCCACCGGAAUGCAAACUUGAUUCUAUUUCGAUGCAGACGAUUGCUUUGAAGAAGAAAGUGAAGAAAACAGGUGAUGUAACAACAAUAAUUUAUAAUAGCAAAUUAUAUCCAAUCAUUGAUCCAUGCAAAUCAAAAAGACAAGUUACAUUUCAUCUUGUUUCGCCUCCUCCUGUUUCAAAGAGAAUUAAUUUCACAGGAAAAAUCAAUUGUAAUCUCGGAAAGACAGAGUUAGUUGUUAAUGAUUCUUACAUGCAUGAAAUUUGCAGAGUUUUGACUUCACUUUCUCUUGAUGUUGUUGCCAAAAAUGGCUUGAUGACUGUGAAUGUUUGUGUUGAUAAUUUCGAUAUUAUUGCACGUAAAAAUCAUCGAGUUAUCAACACAAUGAGUUCUCCAAUUCUUGAACUUAAUGCUUCACUUUGCGAGCCACCAACAAUUGAUGAAAUCGACAUUGUUAUUGGAGAUUGCUCAGUCUCUUUGGAUGUAUCAAUUCUCGAGAUCAUAUUCAGAGAAUUUUGGUCUCAUAACACAUUCCUUACUGAUAUAAACGAGAGAUCAAGAGCAAGAACAGUUAAAAUGCAAAUAAACACUCCAAUCAUUGAGAAAUCUCGAUCUCCUCUUUCGAAAAUAAUGUUACAGAAUUCAUAUGUUACAUUCACUCCAGAAAUGUCUGUCGACAUAAUAGAGUUGAUCGAGUUCUUCGCUAUCAAACACUUGAAGAUUGCAGCUGGAAAACUAAGUGUUAAAUGUGUCAAUAAACGAGACACUGUGAUGCAUCCAUUAUUGAGCAUGAUCCCAUCAUUUGGCAAAUUGUCGGUUGAUUUGAAGGGAAAGCCUCUGAUAGAGACAAAUAAUAUUUGGAAUCCAUUUGAAAAGACAGACUUCAUGAUGUUCAAACCUCUCGUUCUCCAGUUUUUGUUGAACUCAGAAUGUUUUGGAUCGAUCAUGAAAUCCAUCAAAAAAGUUGGUCUCCAAAACAAGAAUUUAUCAACUUACAAGAAGUGCAUCGGAUACAUCAAAGUCGGAAUUUACAUUUUGCACUCUUUACUGUAUUAUAUAUCAUCUUCGGGACAUUCUAUUUGCGGACAGGAGCCAUUACCUGAUAAUCCAGAACCAUUUGAAAUGGUUAAUUGGUACGUAACUACUACUGUUACUUCAGUAAUCACGGCUUUCACAAUGAUCAAAACUGCUGUGAAAGAGUUCCCUUCGAAGUUUGUUGACUCGAUCAUUAUGUUCUUGAUUUCCUUGUGCCAAGUUUCUUUGGCUGCUCCGGAUCUUAUUUUAAUUUUAAUAGAAUUUUUAUUGAGAUUUUUGUAA